AAAAAUUUCGUUAUUUAUUAUUCAUUAUUAUAAAUUAAAUUUGUGAAUGAAGUUUGUUAAACUUAUUUUUCGAUUAAUUAAUCGAACUGGAUCUAAUAGGUGUAAAGAAUGUGAUCAAAAAAAUACUGGAUAUCAAUGGUGUAAUUCUUGUAAUGCAAAACAUUUUCAACAAGAUUUUAAAAAUUGGACUAGCGGUAAUGAUGAUAUUGAUAAAUUUAUUCAAGAUAUUCAAUUAUCAGUGAAUGGUUAUCAUAAAUUAUUAGAGUGGAUACCAUAUGAUAGGCUUCAUGAUAUUGAAUAUAUUGCAAAAGGAGGGUUUGGAAUGGUAUAUAAAGCGAAAUGGAGUGAUGGUUAUAUUCAUAGUUGGAAUAAUAAAAACAGAAAUUGGAAAAGACUUGGUUCUAAUAUGUUUGUAGCUCUGAAAAGUUUAAAUAAUUCAGAAAAUAUUACAUUAGAUUUUAUCAAUGAGAUUACAUUACAUCAUAAAAUCACUUAUUAUGGUAGUUCUAUCGUUAAACUUUAUGGGAUAACUCAAGAUCCAAAUACGAAAAAUUAUAUAAUGGUUUUAGAUUAUGCGGAACAUGGAAGUUUACGAAGUUACUUAAAUGAAAACUAUGACAAAUUAAGUUGGGAUACUAAGAUUAAUGAUUUAUAUUGUAUUGCAUUUGGACUUUAUAAUAUUCAUAAGAAUGAAUUAAUUCAUCGAGAUUUACAUAUUGGUAAUGUAUUAAAGUUUCCAUAUUAUUCCAGUAUAACUGAUAUGGGAUUAUGUAAACCUGCAGAUUAUAAAGCAUCAGAAAUUGGAUCAAAUAAAAUAUAUGGUGUUUUACCUUAUAUUGCUCCUGAAGUUUUGAGAGGACAAAAUUACACCAAAGCUUCUGAUAUUUAUAGUUUUGGUAUAAUUAUGUAUGAAGUA